AUGUCUCUCGAUCUCAAGGGUCUCAUUCCUGCCCCUGUCACCCCCUUCACCAAGGACGGGCGGGUCGACUACGACGCCAUCCAGCGACUUGGCGCCUGGCUCGGAAGCAUCGACGGCGUCAAGGGCCUCGUGGUGCUUGGACACGCCGGAGAAGGUACUUUCCUGACCCAGCAGGAGCAGGUCGACGUCAUCAAGGCCUUUGUCAAGUCGGUCAACAACAAGAUUCCCAUCAUCGCCGGUAUCACUGGUGAGGGCACUGAGGUUGCUGCCCUCGAGGCCAAGCGGGCCAAGGAAGCUGGCGCUCAGGCUGGUCUUCUGUACCCUUCUCACGGCUGGCUGCGAUUUGGCUACCAGCCCGGUGCUCCUCAGGACCGCUACAAGGUUGUCUAUGAGGUGUCCAAGCUUCCCCUGAUUCUCUUCCAAUAUCCCGACAACACCAAGGCCACCUACAACCUCCAGACUCUUCUCGACAUUGCCGCUCUCCCUGGUGUUGUUGCCAUGAAGAAUGGUGUCCGAAACAUGCGCCGCUGGGACACGGAGAUCCCUGUGUUCCGACGCGAGCGCCCCAAUGUUCCCGUCCUCACCUGCCACGACGAGUACCUUCUCCACACUGCUUUCGACGUGGAUGGUAUGCUCGUCGGAUAUGGAAACAUUGCCCCUGAGCCUCUCAUUGAGCUCAUCAAGGCUGGCAAGGCUCAGGAUUACAAGAGGGCCCGUGAGAUCCACGACCAGCUUCUUCCCGUCACCAAGGCCGUCUACCACCGCGGCUCGCAUAUGGAGGGUACCGUCGCCCUUAAGCAUGCGCUCGUUGCCCGGGGAAUUCUGUCACAUGCCACCGUGCGAUCUCCCCUGCUGCCGCUCCCGGAUGGUGCUGAGGAGGAGAUCCACGCCGCCAUCUCAUCAGCAUCUCUCAGCAAGGUUGCCUAG